AGCAUUUUUUUCUCGUUUGAUGUGUUGAUUUCACAGUAGAUAUCAUUAUUGGUUUUAUUUAUACCGAACGAAAUGUGCUGAGCCAACUUCAGCUCAAUUCAACCGAAUUUGACAAAUGACAACAUAAAUAAACAUCACACACGCACACAUAGAAUUGUGUGUUUUUGUUAUCAGUGUUGAUGAAAAAAAAGUAGAAAAAAAAUGCUGAAAUUCAUUAAAUCUCCUGGAUUUUGUGUCAACAAUUUCCGUAAAUUUUCGUCUGCUGUCGAAAUACCGGCAAAAUUAACACUAGUCAAUGAAAAGAAUGGCAUUCGAAAUGUGAUUCUGAACAGCCCAAAGAAUAGAAAUGCCCUCUCAAUGGAUAUGAUGACAGAGUUGCUGGCAAAUUUACGGCGCAAUAAACAAGAUGAAAAUUUGCGUUGUAUCGUUUUGUCAGCGAAUGGCUCGGUAUUCUCAGCUGGUCAUAAUUUGAAGGAAUUCUCUAUGGACAAAGGACAACAAUUGCAUCGUCAGGUUUUUGAAAAGGCCACUGAAUUAAUGUUGGAAAUCAUUCAGUCACCGGUGCCGGUUAUAGCAAAAGUAAACGGAUUGAGUGCAGCGGCUGGAUGUCAAUUAGUCGCUUGCUGUGAUAUCGUAGUUAGCACAAAGAAUAGCACAUUUUCGACACCGGGGGCGAGUUUUGGAGUAUUUUGUUCGACACCCGGUAUUAUAGUGUCUCGAACCGUCUCGUUGAAGCAAUCACUCUAUAUGCUUCUGACCGGAAACACAAUCACUGCUGACGAAGCCGUCAAAAGUGGUUUGAUCACACGCGUGGUUCCAGACGAAACUGAACUAGACCAAGAAAUCAAGAGAAUCACAGAUGCCAUCAAUUCAAAAAGUCGACCAAUCAUUCAAAGGGGGAAACGAUUUUUCUACGAACAAAACCAAAUGACUUUGAAAUCAGCAUUGAAAUACGGCGAACAAGAAAUGGUCGACAACAUAGCUACCACUGAUGGGCAGGAGGGAAUACAAAGUUUCAUCAAGAAACGAAAACCUGUUUGGAAGCACUCUCCCGAAGAUAGUUGAUCAGCGAAGAGGUCCAAUGGGUUCAUGGAUCAUAAUGGCAAAAAUGGAUAAUUGGAAUUUUUGAAGAAGAAAAAAUCAUUGAAAAUUAAGCAGAUUCAAAAGAAAUGGAUACGGUAAUAUUUAAUUUGUUUAAUAUUUAAUGUGUUUUUACAACUCAAUCGCAAUUGAAAUGACAAUCAAAUUGCAAUAAUGCAAAUAAAUGUGGAUAUUUGUAAAAAUA